AUGGUGCUGGCCCUCCCCCUCUCCCCAGACGUUAAAAAGAUAAACUCCAACGGCGUUGCUGCCCUGGCACAGGAUGUCGACUACCUCACAAAGUUUGUCGAUAGUCUUGGAGUGCCUAUCCUGCGGGAGAACCUAGACGAGCUCCAGCAGACCGUCCAACUCCUGCAGGCUGAUAAUGCGGAUGAGUUUUAUGACAUCUCGACACGGAAUAAGAAAUAUGGACGCGUUGAUGCGAUGAAUGGGCCGGUUUUGUUAGAGAAGCUUGUUUCUGCCGCCCAGAGUCCGCAGAAGCAGGAUAAGUUCGGCGCGCUGUCUACGAGGCUUGGGAUGAAAUAG